AUGGAAUUCCAGUUCCAAGGUGAUGAUCACAGCAUAAUGAUAUAUUACCCAAGUGCAGCAGGGGGUGUCGCUUGGAAUUACAUUGGCACAAAGCUUGCACCUGGAUCUGUGGAUCAAAUAGCUUGGGUAUGGCAUAUUGAGCCCCAUGGCCAUAGCAAGGUUAAGGAUCUUGAACUAAAUUGGCAUACAAAUAGUGUAGAUCAGUUAUGUUGGGAUCCUAAACAUGCCGACUUGAUUGCCACUGCUUCAGGUGACAAGAAUGUUUGUCUAUGGGAUGUCUGCAGUGAAAAAUGUUCACAUCAAGCAGAACUCAGUGGGGAGAACAUUAACAUUACCUAUAAACAAGAUGGGACUCAUGUAGCAGUUGGGAACCGGGUAAAUGAGAUUGCAUGGAACAUGAGUGGGGACAUGUUCUUCUUGACUACACUCCCCUCUUGUGCUGGUAACCCUAGCCUUACACUGUAG